UGUCAAGAUGCGUUCGGCUCCGUCGCCUGACGUAGCGGACCCGGCCUCGGCGUGACGGGGACGAGCUGGCUCGGUCAUGGCCCAGCCCGGGGAGACCCCGGCUUCGAAGUCGACCGAGGCUCUUCUUCAGCGAGUAGCAGAACUAGAGAAAGUCAAUGCUGAAUUUCUACGUACAAAACAGAAUCUUGAGCAAGAAUUUAAUCAAAAGAGAGCCAAGUUCAAAGAACUGUAUUUGGCUAAAGAAGAGGAUCUGAAGAGGCAAAAUGCAGUAUUGCAGGCAGCACAUGAUGAUCUGGAGCAACUGCGAAAGCAGCUCACGGAAGCACAGGCUGAAAUGGAGAAUAUCAAAGCCAUUGCCACAGUGUCUGAAAAUACUAAACAGGAAGCUAUUGAUGAUGUAAAGAAGCAAUGGCAGGAAGAUGUUGCCUCUCUGCAGGCUAUAAUGAAAGAAACUGUCCGUGAAUAUGAAGGCCAGUUUCAUCACAGACUGGAACAAGAGCGAUCUCAGUGGACUCAAUAUCGAGAGAAUCUUGAACGGGAAAUAGCAGAGCUGAGGAGGCGACUUUCAGAAGGUCAAGAAGAGGAAAACUUGGAGAAUGAAAUGAAGAAGGCUCAAGAAGAUGCAGAGAAACUUCGUUCAGUUGUGAUGCCCAUGGAGAAGGAGAUAGCCACUUUAAAAGAAAAACUGACUGAGGCUGAAGAAAGAAUAAAGGAGCUGGAAGCUUCAAAGGUUAAAGAAUUGAAUCACUAUUUGGAAGCUGAGAAAUCCUGUAGAACAGAUCUAGAAAUGUAUGUGGCUGUUUUAAACACUCAAAAGUCAGUUCUGCAAGAAGAUGCAGAAAAAUUACGGAAAGAACUUCAUGAAGUCUGCCAUCUAUUAGAGCAGGAAAGACAACAGCAUAAUCAGCUCAAACACACAUGGCAGAAGGCCAAUGACCAGUUUUUAGAGUCACAGCGUUUACUGAUGAGGGACAUGCAAUGGAUGGAAAUGGUGUUGACCUCAGAACAGCUACGGCAAGUUGAAGAACUAAAGAAGAAAGACCAGGAGGAUGAACAGCAAAGAAGACUGCAUAAAAGGAAAGAAGAGAAAGAGAAAGGCGUUGAUGAUGAAUCAAAAGUAAUAUGCUCUACAGCUCAUGCAGAAACCCUUCCGUCGUUCCCUGGUGAAGAGGUGCACAUUAACAGCACUCACGGUUCAGCCCAUUCGCUCGACACAGAUGCGUUGCUGUCUUCAGGAGAGUCUCUCAAGUCGGACAAUGACGUGUUUAAAGAGGGGCUGCGUAGAGCUCAGUCAACAGACAGUUUGGGAACAUCAGGAUCUUUACAAGCCAAAAGUCUGGGCUACAACAAUAAAGCUAAAUCGGCUGGGAACCUUGAUGAAUCUGACUUUGGGCCACUAGUUGGGGCAGACUCGAUGUCAGAGAACUUUGACACUGCCUCCCUGGGUUCUCUGCAAAUGCCUGGUGGGUUUAUGCUAACCAAAGACCAGGAAAAAGCAAUCACAGCAAUGACCCCAGAGCAGGAGGAAACGGCAUCCCUUCUCUCCAGCAUCACCCAGAGUGUAGAAAAUGCUUAUGUGUCUCCUAGCGGUUACCGUUUAGUUAGUGAAACAGAAUGGAAUCUCCUUCAGAAAGAGGUGCAGAAUGCUGGGAACAAGCUGGGAAGGCGUUGUGAUAUGUGUUCAAAUUAUGAAAAGCAAUUGCAAGGCAUCCAGAUUCAGGAGGCUGAAACAAGGGAUCAGGUGAAGAAACUUCAGAUGAUGUUGAGGCAGGCCAAUGACCAACUAGAAAAAAUAAUACGAGAGAAACAGGAGCUGGAGGAAUUUAUGAAACAAAGCAGUGAAGACUCAGUAAAUCAGAUCUCAUCACUUACUGCUAGAGCUCAGGAAUCUGAUGCCUUACUUAAUGAAUUAUUGCAGGCAUUUUCUCAAGCUAAAAGAAAUGUCCAAGAUCAAAUGGCUGUCCUGAUGCAGUCCCGAGAGCUUGUUUCAGAGGAAUUGGUGAGGCUGCAGAAAGACAACGAAAGCCUUCAAGGGAAACACUGUCUGCAUGUGUCUUUGCAACAAGCUGAGGAUUUUAUCCUUCCAGAAUCUGGAGAGGAACUCCGUGAACUGGUCCUCAAGUACCGUGAAGACAUCAUUAGUGUACGGACAGCCGCUGAUCAUCUGGAAGAAAAACUGAAGGCAGAAAUUUUAUUUUUAAAAGAACAGAUUCAAGCAGAACAAUGUUUAAAGGAGAACAUAGAAGAGACUCUGCAGCUGGAAAUAGAGAAUUGCAAAGAGGAAAUUGCUGCUGCAUCCAGUCUAAAAACAGAGUUGGAGCAAAUAAGGGUUGAUAAAGAGCAGUUGGAAUCCACCUUGAGAGAAAAAAUACAGCAGUUGGAAAACCUUCAGGAGAGAAAAAGUGGUCUUGAAGAGCAGCUAAAGAAGGAAGUUGCCACAAAGACUAACCUAGAGCAAAUGAUGUUCGAGGAGAAGAACAAAGCUCAGCGGCUUCAGACGGAAUUGGAUGUCAGUGAGCAAGUACAGAGAGAUUUCGUUAAGCUUUCUCAGACCCUUCAGGUCCAGUUAGAACGGAUCCGGCAGGCAGAUUCCCUGGAGAGAAUUCGUGCAAUCCUCAAUGAUACAAAACUGACUGACAUUAAUCAGCUACCUGAAACAUGACAGCCUCAAUAGCAGAGCUGUAAAGCUGCAUUUUGAUUUUUUUUAAACCUCCUCUUUAUAGCAAAACCUUUAAUAAUUAUUUAAUUCUAACUGAAAGAGCAGAAGAUGACACACGAGCCAUGAACCAGGUUGUGUUUCUGGGGGGAGAGGAAGGUGUUCUGUGUGGGGAAGAAAGUUUCACACUGAGAAGAUUUUCAGGACCCUCCAGGGUAUCUGCCUUCAAUGGAGUUGGACUUCUCCAUAUAACUCCUCUACCUUCAUCCUCCUGCUUGUUUUUUUUCCCCCCCUUAACCUGAUUCUGGAAUACAGCAUUCCCUCCCUCCCUCCCUCUCAUCCAUGCCCUCUUAAAAUACUGUGAUGAAAGUAGUUGCUGGAAAUCAUCUCCUCCCAUCCCACCCCAAAGUUUUUGGAGUGAAGCUACAAUAGCAAGUUGGGCAGAAGGGGAAAAUAGUAUAUUGUAUUAAUAUUUUAUAUUAAAAUAUGAAUUUAUUUGCAGGA